UGACAUCAUUUGACACCUGAUUAAAUAUUCCUUUUUUGCGGCUGGUCUUUAUACGUAAAAUAAAAUAUUUAUAUUUCUUGCAAAAUUAAACUAAUAUUUUCAAACCUAUAUAACAUACUCCGAUUACUGUGGCAAUAUGAUAGUAUAUAGAUUGACUCGUGUCUUUGCACAAACUAAGAUGAUUUCUAGAAACAAAGUUGCUUCCCUAAUCCCAAGAAGAAACGCAACCACCACUCCUACAGGUGCGAUUUUACCAGAACCUGAGAAACAACCGUUCGGUCUUCUUAGUGUUAUUUGUGCAGUAGUCCCUGGACUUCUUAUCGGAGCCGCGAUCAGCAAAAAUAUUGCCAAUUUCUUGGAAGAAAAUGAACUUUUUGUUCCCUCUGAUGAUGACGACGACGACGAUUAAAACAGUGUAUUUACGUAAGUUACUAACAAUCUAAAAACUUUAAAUAACGCUAGUGUUUCGUCUUUACUAUUUUAGCUCUUUUGAAUGAAUAUACUCAUU